UCGUUCAAAGCACGCUCUCUCACGCAUAGCCUCAAUUUUCUCUAUCCUUCUCCUUUCGCAUUCUCAAAACCCUUUUGAUUUGUGAAAGGAAGCUGCCAUGGUUGAUCAGGUCCAACACCCCACAAUCUUGGACAAGGUUGCUGGUCAGCUCUAUCUCCGUUCUAGUCUUUCAUCUAGUAUCAAGAGUUAUGAUGGAGCCGUCCGUCAUCCUGCACUCUAUCAAAGACCCUCAUUUGGGAAUUACUCAAAUGCUGCAUUGCAGUAUCCAGUGAUGCCUGGUUGCAAAACUACCAUUGAUGUGUCUGCUACUGCAGCAACACCCGCCUCUCCUGUUUUUGUUGCAGCUCCAGCAGAGAAAGGAAAUUUCAUGAUAGACUUUCUCAUGGGUGGUGUUUCAGCUGCUGUCUCCAAAACUGCUGCUGCCCCCAUUGAACGGGUUAAGCUGUUGAUUCAGAACCAGGAUGAAAUGAUCAAAUCUGGAAGGCUUUCUGAGCCCUACAAGGGUAUUGGUGAUUGUUUUAAGAGAACAAUGCAGGAUGAGGGUGUUGUUUCACUGUGGAGAGGCAACACUGCAAAUGUCAUCCGCUAUUUCCCCACCCAGGCAUUGAACUUUGCAUUCAAGGACUACUUCAAGAGGCUUUUCAAUUUUAAGAAGGAUAGGGAUGGUUAUUGGAAAUGGUUUUCUGGCAACUUGGCCUCUGGAGGUGCUGCUGGUGCAUCAUCUCUGUUGUUUGUUUACUCUCUUGACUAUGCCCGUACCCGUCUCGCAAAUGAUGCAAAGGCUGCGAAGAAAGGUGGUGAAAGACAAUUCAAUGGUCUUGUUGAUGUCUACAGGAAGACAUUGGCGUCUGAUGGUGUUGCUGGUCUUUACCGUGGUUUCAACAUCUCAUGUAUUGGAAUCAUUGUGUAUCGUGGACUAUACUUUGGAAUGUAUGAUUCCCUCAAACCUGUGGUUCUGACAGGAAAAUUGCAGGAUAGCUUUUUUGCCAGUUUUGCUCUAGGAUGGCUCAUCACCAACGGUGCAGGUCUAGCAUCAUACCCAAUUGACACUGUUAGAAGAAGAAUGAUGAUGACCUCUGGUGAAGCCGUGAAGUACAAGAGUUCUAUGGAUGCAUUCGCACAAAUCUUGAAGAAUGAAGGUGCCAAGUCAUUGUUUAAGGGUGCUGGUGCCAACAUCCUUCGUGCUGUUGCUGGUGCUGGUGUGCUUGCUGGUUAUGACAAGCUGCAGGUGCUUGUGUUCGGCAAGAAGUAUGGAUCUGGUGGCGCAUAAUUUUUUUCAGCGUCUGAGUAAUUUUAUUUUGUUUUAGAUGGCGAUGAAAAUCCUUUUUAAGUUCCGAGAGUUUAGACUAAUUGCUUCAGCAAAUUUUGUUUAAUAAAUUUACUCGAUGGGAUAUUAUCCCAAAACCAUUUUUAAAUUUCGGAUGGAAAUUCAACAUUGAAAGCAUGAUUUAUUUGAGUGACAGGAUAAACAACCGUCACUUUGGGAAUUGGGAUUCCAUUGUUUAUCUUUUUAUUAAUGAUUAAUAUACUGUUCUAGAUUGUCUUGUUUCUGGAAUAAAAUGCCCGUAACCCAUGAUUGAUAUUUUAUUCUUGUAUUACCAAAUAUGUAGGUUACGGGGAUUUUUCCUUCCGCUCAUCUAUUACUUUAUAUUAUUAGGCAAAUAGCGGGAUUACUAAUUACUAAAUUUUUAAUUACGACGGCAUAUGUUAAGCUUUUACUGUAUUUCUUUUCUAUUAAAUUAUUAAUUGUUUAAUGU